CGUCUCUUUCAGACUCACCGAUGGUCACACAGCAGUAAAAUGCCUGAAGCUGAAAUAGUUUAUUCUGAUGUCAAAUUUAAAAGAGGGACGAUGGAAACCAAAGGCCCAGAGGCUGUUUCCUCUUUGGCUGAUUUGACUUACUCAGAUGUCAGGAUCUCACAGACAACUUCAGAAGAGCUGCCUGGUAGAGGCCUCUCAACAAACUGUGAAGAGCACAAGGUCAAAGGUCACCCCAGAGAGACUGGCCCUGCUGGUUCUCAGUGCUCUUCUGGCUGCUGCUGUUGUUGCCCUCUGUGUUACCAAAAGAGACUCUGAAGCAAAGCCAUGCAGCACGGUGCAGCCUACAUGUCCACAACCUCCUGAAGUUACAGGUGAUCCAUGUUCUAAAUGUGAAGAAGGCUGGGAGCAACAUGGAGGGAAGUGUUAUUACUUCUCUACCAAUAAAUCAUCCUGGAUGAAGAGCAGUGAUGACUGUAUAGCUAAAGGAGGAGACCUGGUUAAGAUAGACAGCAGAGAGGAGCAGGAAUUCCUGUGGAAAAAAGUGAGACGCAUAAUGAAGGAUCAUGAAGACAAGUUCUGGAUCGGACUGACAGACUCAGCAGAGCAGGGCAGAUGGUUGUGGGUGGACGGAUCACCACUGAACAAAAGUUUAUCUUAUUGGAACUACAAUGAGCCAGAUAAGUGGAGAGAGGACGACUGUGUAAUGAUGGGUGAUAAAGGUGAUCGUUACCAGAAGAGUUGGUCUGAUACAUCCUGCAAAGUGUCUCGCAGAAGUAUUUGUGAGAAACCAGCAGCGAAAUGACAGAAUAAAACUGUAUGUGUUAUAUUUUUAUGAGAUGUGUUUAUUGAGGUAAUGUUUUGCUGCAGCAGUGUUUACAUCUGUGAAAUAAUAAAAGA